AUGUCAAACUUGUUUUCAGGAAUAAGUGGCCGCUUUCGUGGCAGUGGUAAGAGUUCUGGCGCAAAGAGUCCGGGUGGACUUAACGGAGUUUCGCCAACCUCUCCUACAGGCAAUUCCCCCGUCAAUUCUUCGUCACCCGCCAACGCACCCCGCAUCUCGCCACUCCCCAACUCGCCUUCGCUCUCACAAACCAUGUCUAUGGAUGAUCAGCAAGCCCCCCCUGCAGGCAAUGAUCCACUAGCCGCCUACAACCUUCCUCGCCCGAAGCCACUCUGGCUUAAUAAUGCUUAUGCUAAGCACAUUGUUAAGGGUAAUUUCAUGACAUUGUCUGCUCGCCCAAAGACAGUUGAGCCUGGAGAGUGGAUUGCCCAUCAAGUGGUUGAACAUUAUCGUAUCUUGUGGAACUUUGUUCGGGUAAUUCAUGAAAAAGAAGAAGAUGGCAACACCAUUUGUAACCCCCAGACUUGCCCACGCAUGUCUGCUGGCGCAAACCACUCUUUCACAUGGUUGAACUCACGUAGAGAGCCUGUCGAAGUACCGGCCCACGAGUACAUCUCCCUCAUGCAGCGCUGGAUCUCUGGAAAGAUUGAUAAUACCGCUAUUUUCCCCACUGAUCCUGCCGGAAUUUCAUACUGUCACAACAGUGCCGGUCCUGAAAUUUCUGGCUCAACUUAUGCUUCUGGUGGAGUCAACACACCUGGUUCAAACACACCCAUUCCCGCUGGCCCAACCACACUCACAACCUCUCUCUCUCAACUCGCCGGAGCUGGUGAUUGGAUCGGCAAGAGCAGUGGAUUUCCACAAGAAUUUGUUGAUGUAUGCCAAACCAUCUUUAGACAAAUGUUCAGAGUCUAUGCUCAUCUCUACUGGGGACAUUUCAUUGAGCCUUUCUACCAUCUUAACCUCGACAAGCAUAUGAAUAGUUGCUUUAGUCACUUUGUUUUGACAGCAACCGAGAUUGACAUGUUGAAGCCACAUGAAUUGGAGCCCAUGCAACCAUUGAUUGACCUCUGGGCUGCCAAUGGAACAUUUCCACCUGAGUCUAAGGCUUACGCUUGUGCAAAUCUCAAGGCUGGAGAGAGACUUCUUCAAGCUGCCGGUUAA